GAUGUAUUGGGUCGAUCUUCCCACCUCCGGGUGCAUCAACUGCUAACUCUCCCAAUAUCAAUCUGAACAGUUAUGCAAUAGCGUUCACGUUAUCGAUUAUUCGGGAUGUGUAGUCAUGCGGUUCAACUUUGCCAGUGUCAACGCACACGAGAAGACUACACAUCCCAACAGACGGAGCGGCUCGUUGGCUUCACUAGUUACACAUUGAAUGUAGUUCGUCCCACUUGGAAAAAAAAUCCGUUCAUGAUUCAGUUCAUUAAUAAAUAAAUAGUUCGGUGUCAUGGCGGAAUCUGCAGCAUGUCCUGCCUUCCAGCUCGGGAGACCUCGAUACGAGCAGGGUUCAUUCCUCGGUCGACUCAGACACUUCGUAGACAUCAUCGACCCCAGCACGCUGUUUGUGUCCGAGAAACAAUUGAAAGAAUGCAUGAAACUACUUGACGACUGUAAACAUGGCGAGCGUCCACCUGGAGUGUCUGAUCUUCAGCUGUGGGAAGCCCAGAAGAUCAAGCAGGCAAUCAUUCAUCCUGACACAGGAGAGAAGAUCUUCAUGCCAUUUCGAAUGUCAGGUUAUGUACCAUUCGGAACACCGAUUGUCAUUGGCCUUCUUCUCCCAAAUCAGACUGUGGUGUCUACCAUUAUAUGGCAGUGGCUGAACCAGAGUCACAAUGCCUGCGUGAACUAUGCAAACCGAAACGCCACAAAGCCUACACCAGCAUCCAAGUUUCUUCAAGGCUACGUAGGAGCUGUGACCAGCGCUGUUUCUAUUGCAGUGGGACUGAAUGUGUUGAUUCAGAAGGCCAACAAGCUGAGUCCUGCUACCCGGAUGAUAAUAAAGAGACUUGUCCCCUUCCCAGCUGUAGCUAGUGCAAACAUCUGUAACGUGGGCCUGAUGAGACACAACGAGCUAUCUGAAGGAAUUGAUGUUUUGGACGACAAUGGGAAUGUGGUGGGAUCCUCUAAAAUUGCUGCAAGACACGCGAUCACGGAGACCGCCUUCACACGAGUGGUCCUCCCGAUGCCCAUCUUUGUCCUGCCCCCCAUCAUCAUGUCCUACCUAGAGAAGCUGCGAUUCCUGCAGAGCCACCGCAGAUUGUUGCUGCCCGUCCACAGCCUCGUGUGCCUGGUUACCUUCGGCCUCUCCCUGCCCGUGGCCAUCAGCCUGUUCCCCCAGAUGUCUCAGAUUGACGUGUCUUGCCUAGAGCCGGAGAUUGCUAUGGCAACAGAUUGCAAGGUGGUGACCUACAACAAGGGUCUAUGAUGGGUGAUGGGGGGGGGGGGCGGAGAGCAGAGGACGGGAGCGAGGCUGCAUUGUGAAAAGCUGUCAGGGAGAACUUAAAUUGGGGUUCCUCCUGUCCUGACAGGUUUGGGAGUCUUCCUCCUGCAGUAUAAUAGCAGAGCAUGUAGAUCAUCGUGUACUAACCCAGGUUUGUUUUUUAUUUCCAAGUACGGUUCUCAAGAUCCAAGCAAUUAUUCAGGCUAGGUUUUAAAAAUGGGACAUAUCUCUUCCGUCCUUGCUGUUUUCAAGAGCGAAUAACAAAAGCUCUUUAUAUAGAAAUGAUGAUAUGAUAUAGUUUUUAGUAUUAAUUCAUUCAUUUUAAUAUAUACACAGAUCAGUGUUUCCCACACACACAGGCUACACUUUGUUUCUCACUAAAGCAUAGUUAUGGCUGCUUUUUCAUAAGCUUUAUAAAUACAGUUUAAACCUGCAAUAACGGACUUUCUCUGGCUGUAAACUUUCUACUGUAUUCAGCAAAGUCUCUAACUUUGUCUAUCUGCCGUUUUAUCAGGUAGUGCACAGUGUUUUUUUCCGCUGAUUACGGCCGCCUGUUUGGCCAAAAACAACAGUGAUGAGAGCGGCGAGAGUGAACCUAAAGAGUGAAGUUGCGGCGAGUUAAGAAAAACGGUGAGGUGAGAGGAAGUGAAGGAUGGUGUGUUGUCGAAAGACUAAGAUUGUGGUACUAAACAGGUGCUUGUUAGAUAAUCAGCUCGGUUUUAUCUUUAUUUAAACCCAAUACCUCCUAAAUCAGUGGGUUUUAACCUUUUUACCUUGUGAUCCAUAAAGAAACGUUAUAUCUACCUGUGAGGCAGACGUAAGGUAAACUAUCGUCGUAUUUCACAAGAUAAAAACUAAAAUAACGGCAACUUUUUGUGUAGCUGAAAUGUUAGUCCUGCUAAUUAUCUUGCGGAUAAAUCUUGUCCAUUGUCCUGAAUCUACAAUCCUUCGACAGAUUUCUGAGGCUUAUAAUAGAUAGCGAUAUGUAUUUCCUUACACAAACACAUUAAAUACACACACAUUUCUGACAAGGAUCCUUUAAAUUUGGUUAUUAAAUAAUUUUGAUCAAGAUAUUUUACAGUUGAAAACAAAAACAAAUCAGUGCCCUCUGCUGGACAAACUAGAGAGAUAAUGUAAUCUAAUGUAGUUUCUCUUCUGCACGUUCUUAAAUCUGC